AUGUGGCUUGACCGCAUGUCCGGUCAUUCGACCCCUCCAGGACCUCCGAUUGAUAGUCGCAGCAAUUCCCCCCUUCCUCGACGGCCAACUUCUCGUCUAUCCCCCUAUGCACAAAAUAGUCGCCCGCACCCGAGUCGACCUGGAUCGUCCUUGUCUAACUUACUCACUCCUAGCGACUCCACUACAUCUCUCUCCGCCACCCCACGUGGCGAUGACUCGGUCUUGAAACAAUCUCCUGCGAGGGCUCGCCCAUCUAACGUGGCGGAUCCACUUGAUGUACUAAAUGAUGUUAUUGGAAAACGAAAGGAAACGCUGGCGGAAACAGAAUCGCCUGUCUUAUCUUCUACACCUGAAGCAAAGCCGUCGCAGUUGGUGGCGGAGAUCGACUUUGGAGACCUCAGCCUCGAGGAGUUUGUCACGAAACCAGAUGAGCCGAGGAGGGUUUCAAAUAGCGACAUUGGAGCGCAAACAAUCCAACAAUUCGAGAAGGAAAGAGAUAAAUUUCAGGAUCUACAUUCGGCUAUCACAGGCUGUGACGAUGUUUCUAAAUCGGUAGAAAAGUACCUGAAUGACUUUCAGACUGAACUCGGUGCAGUUUCGGCGGAGAUAGAGACUCUCCAGACUCGAUCCAUACAGCUGAAUGCAAUGUUGGCGAAUCGACGCAAUGUAGAACAACUUCUAGGGCCCGCUGUGGAGGAAAUUUGCAUCGCUCCAAAAGCUGUUCGACUAAUUGUAGAGGGGCCGAUCGAUGAGAAUUGGGUCAAAGCGCUGAAUGAGAUCGAGAGCCGGGCAGCGACUAUCGAAGCCAAAGCUUCUAGCCCCAGUAGCACAAAGUCGGUCGAGGAUGUUCGUCCACUGCUGAGUGAUAUCAAGAAAAAAGCAGUUGAGAGGAUCCGGGACUAUCUGGUCUCACAGAUCAGAGCCCUGCGAUCCCCAAAUAUCAACGCCCAGAUUAUCCAACAGCAGCGCUUGGUGAAAUUCAAGGAUUUGUAUAGUUACCUGUUCAAAGCACAUCCCACCCUUGCGGGGGAGAUCGCGCAGGCUUACAUCAACACGAUGCGGUGGUAUUAUCUAUCUCAUUUUACUCGCUAUCUUCAAGCGCUUGAGAAGAUCAAGGUGUACCCUAGCGAUCGAAAUGAGGUUCUGGGGGGAGAUCCCUCGGCUCCAAAAUCAGGAAAUCUUGUCCCCGGUGGGCGGACUGGUCCCGCGGCUCAUGACCCAUUCUCGCUCGGCAGGAGAAUUGAAGUCUUGCGAACUAGUAAUCACAUGGCCAUAUCUUCAUAUGUGGCAGAGGAAGACACGUCUUUCCACGGAAUUGAGGUCCCUUUCAGGAACUUCAACCUGGCUUUGAUGGACAAUAUCUCUGCCGAAUACUCCUUUAUGACGGAGAUGUUCUCCACUUUGUCCUUCCAGCAGAUAUCCCGCAAAGCUACUGAAAUAUUCGACCCGGUCUUUGCUCUUGGGCAAGGACUGACCAAGCAGUUAGUCGAGCACACGACCGACUCUCUAGGCGUCCUAAUUUGCGUACGAUUGAAUCAGCAGGCCGCCUUUGAACUCCAACGUCGAAAAGUACCCGUUGCUGACGCGUACAUCAAUGGUAUAAACAUGCGGCUCUGGCCGAGGUUCCAAGUGAUCAUGGACCUUCACUGCGAGUCUUUAAAGCGGGUAGCUUCGCACACAGGCCGAAGUGCCGUAUCCGCCCUAUCUCUGACUGGCGGGGAUGACUUGAACCAAUCCUCAGCGCCCCACUUCCUGACGCAGAGGUUCGGUCAGUUGUUGCAUGGCAUCUUGGUGCUGAGUAGUGAAGCUGGAGACGACGAGCCGGUGUCUAAUAGUUUGUCGCGGUUAGCAGCCGAGUUCGAUAACCUUUUGGCGAAACUGAGCAGGAUCGGCGGCGAUGCGAAGAGACGGGAAAGAUUCCUAUUUAAUAAUUAUUCUUUGAUUUUGACUAUCAUCAGCGAUACCCAUGGCAAAUUAGCAACCGAACAGAAAGGGAGAAACAUGGCUACGCGUACAAGUUUCUCUCUUUCGAGGAAACUCCUCCACCCGCGGCGCAGCUUCUCCAGCACGCGAACAGCCAAUGCAGAUGUCACCCAUGCGGUCAUUGGUGCGGGGGUGGUCGGUCUGGCAGUGGCCCGGGAAUUGGCAUCGCGAGAGGGCACAUCAACCAUUCUUCUGGAGAGACAUGAUGCGCCAGGCACGGAGACCAGUAGUCGCAAUUCGGAGGUCAUCCAUGCCGGGUUAUACUACGGACCCGAUACCUUGAAGACCAAGCUCUGCAUCAAAGGAAAAGAGAUGAUGUACGAUCUAUGCGCGCGCAACGGACUCCCUCACCGCAACACGAAGAAAUGGAUCGUCGCGCAGACAGAAGAGCAAUGGGCCGCGGCGCUCAAGACCCACGAGCACGCACAGAACAUAGGCGUACCGACGCGACUCAUCGGUCGCGCAGAGGCUCAGGCUCUCGAACCGGAGGUGCAGGCUCUCGCGGGGAUUGUCGAGAGUCCGACUACGGGCAUCGUAGACAGCCACUCCCUGAUGACCUAUCUGCAGGGCGACUUCGAGGACCGUGGCGGCGACUGUGCGUUUCUGACGAACGUAACGGGAAUCGAGGCGCUGGAUGGAGGAAAGAACGGAUACCGGAUCACGGCGGUCACGAGCGACGGGACUGAGACGUCCAUUACAGCUGAGACGCUGAUCAACAGCGCCGGGAACUACGCGUGCUAUAUCAAUAACAUGAUCCUCCCGCCCGAGCGACACCGCACCCCGUACUACGCCAAGGGAACGUACUUCUCGUACGCGGCGUCGUUCCCGAAAACCUCCGUGCUGGUCUAUCCAGCCACACUGCCCGGCCACGGCGGCCUGGGCACCCAUCUGACUCUAGACCUCGGCGGCCGCAUACGAUUCGGCCCCGACGUGGAAUGGGUGGACGACCCGAACGACCUCGUGCCCAGUCCCGCCCGGCUGGCGCAGGCGCUCCCGGAGAUCAAGGCCUAUCUACCCAACGUGGACCCGGAGGCAAUCAGUCUAGACUACUGUGGGAUCCGGCCCAAGCUGGGGCGCGGUGGGGCCGUGAACACCGGCAAAGGGUUCCAGGAUUUCAUCAUCCAGGAAGAGGAAGGCUUCCCUGGGUUCAUUAACCUGCUAGGAAUCGAGAGUCCAGGGCUGACGAGUUCGUUGGCGAUCGGGGAAAUGGUGGAAGGCCUGCUGUAUGGGAGGAAAUGAUGAUCGUCCCACAUGCAUGGAAGGAUUCUUAAACAAUUUUCAUCGUGUAUAUACCCGCUGUACAUAAACAUCGCAUGCAUAUGCAUAUGCAAACCAUAGACGAGAA